AUGAAUACUUUGGAAAUAGCCAUUGUAAUGGAAAAGUUGUGUAAACUGGGGGUUGCCAUCACGGAGAGGCCACAGGAACCCCCCUUGGGCCCUCCAUGUCCCCUUGAUGGGGCUUUCUGGACUCGAAGACCCCCUCAUGUACCCCAGCAGGGGUGCUUCGCUUGCAUCUCCAAGACGCCCCCCAUACAGCAAGGGUCCCCGGUGCUGUCUCCUUCUUCUGCUGUGUGCCUGAUGGAGAACAAGACCUGCAAAGGGGACAGCCUGAGACCACCGGUGCAAUGCAAACACUCAGUAGAGAAGAAAACGAUGACUAAUCCCACUGCUGUAAUUGAAAUCUACCCAGACACCACUGAAGUGAAUGAUUAUUAUCUCUGGUCCAUCUUCAACUUUGUAUACCUCAAUUUCUGCUGUUUGGGCUUCAUUGCCUUGGCAUAUUCUCUGAAAGUGCGAGAUAAAAAACUCCUCAACGAUUUGAAUGGUGCUGUGGAAGAUGCCAAGACUGCCCGCCUUUUUAACAUUACCAGCUCGGCACUUGCCACCUUCUGCAUCAUCCUUGUCUUUAUCUUCCUACGAUACCCACUCACUGACUACUAGAACAUGGCUCAGCCAUUGCUGCUCAAAGUCCUCCGUGCCACCAGUAGCUGCCGUGGAGUUUCUCACCUAAGGGACACAAACAACAAUAGCCCCAUCUUAAUGGCAGAUGCUCCCUCUCCUCAAUACUAAAAGUAUGCUGCAAGCUUCAACAUAUACUCACCCUCUGCCCCACCCACCCCUGUCUGCACCCAGCCUGGCUGGAAUGCAAACUUAAGUAGCAGAAACUUUUAGUUUUACAUUUUGUACACAAAAUAUUUAUUUUCUUGAAAAAGAAGUAGGAUUUGAUGGUGGGAAUGGUUUUUUUUCCCCCCUGGUCCAAGGAGAGAGAUAGUACCAGAGCCUCAGAUGAAUGUUACACAACCAGGCUGAGUACAAAUUGGAAUUGAAAAUUUGGGGUGGAUAAUUCUGUUGAGGAAUCCAGAGGAAUUUUGGGGCUCUACAACCAAGUCUGUAUACAACUUCCAUUCCAUUGCAGAGGACAGAAUGAGCUAAGGAAGAGGCAUGACUUUGUGGAACUUAAUCCAUUGCAUCUGGACUGCUGCUUUGUCUUUGCCUAACUGCCUCCCUGUUCUGUAUCCCCAACACACAUCAUUUGCUAUGUAUGUUUUAUUGGUUUUUACAUUUGACUGAAGCCCAAAAUAGCUUGCCAACAAAGAAACAAAAGCAAAAAAGAACAACCAUCAGGAAAUUUGGAUUCCUCGGAAUUUAUUCUCAACUUCUCCUGAUCAAUUCUAGAGUUUUCCAAAGAAA